AUGACAAUCGUCCACAUCGUCCUAUUCAAAUUCCAACCGGAAACCCCAGCGAUCAUCCGCGAGAGAUUCAUCACAGAAUUGAAAGCCCUAAAGAACCUACCUUGCGUUAAAAGUCAACGCCUCGUUGUCGGCGGACCCUCGAUCACGGAUCCUGCCUCGAAGAGUAAAGGAUUCCAAUACGCGCUUGUGAGCUAUCAUGAAGAUCGGGUUGCGUUGGAUGCAUAUCAAGCUAGUAGUGAGCAUGAGAGGGUGACGCAUGCCUAUUUCAUUCCUUAUCGGGAGGAUCUUGUGCGGUUUGAUUUCGAGGUUGAGGAGGGGGAUGAGCAUCUGUUAGGGUUUGCAGGAGUUUCUGGGUCUGAUAUAUGA